AUGGCGUCUCAGACGCACGAUGCGUCCACGGUUGAUACGACCUCAUACCCAUACAUCUUUGAAAAGAACGUGUCUGUCCCCCUCACAAACGGGAGCUUCAUCCGCUGCAAUAUCUACCGACCCAAAACGUCGGGCCCUGGAAAGCACCCGGUUCUCGCCACGUAUGGUCCCUAUGGGAAGGACGUGCACUAUCAGUACUUCAACGGCCCGAGUUACGCAGAGGUUAACGCAGACCACAAAACGGAACACUCUGCCUGGGAGACGCCAACUCCGAGCUACUGGACCAAGCAUGGCUAUGUUGUCGUCAGGGCUGAUGAGACCGGAACGGGUCAGUCGCCUGGUAUUAUCAACUUCCUGUCAGCGGCCACGAUUGAUUGCUUUUGUGAGCUGAUCGAGUGGGCCUCUGAGCAGGCUUGGAGUAACGGCAAAGUUGGUCUUCUAGGAAUCAGCUAUUUUGGCGCGACUCAAUGGCAGGUCGCGGCUCGCAGACCCAAGGGGUUGGCUGCUAUUGUGCCGUGGGAAGGCUUUUCCGACUUCUACCGCGAUGCCACCCGACACGGUGGGAUUCUCUGCAACGCGGGUAUCGACACCAUCUGGAAGAGACAGAUUGGUCCAAACCAGUAUGGACUGCCGGGACGAGCGGCCCAAAACCGGGGCGAUGACACGAUUGAGGGCUCGUUGUCCGAGGCUGACUUGGCUAUGAAUCGGGUCGGCGCUAUGGACGGGCCGCGAGAGGAUCAUUUUCGAAAUGGCGUUCGCUAUGCGUCUGUAAACUACAACCUUGAAGACAUUCAGGUGCCCUUGCUUAGUGUUGCUAAUUGGGGAGGGAUCAUGCUCCAUCUUCGUGGCAACGUGCAGGGCUACACUCAUGCAGGGUCGGAGUUGAAGUAUCUCCGUUUUAUUGUUGGACGACAUGACCUCCCUUUCUAUUAUGCGGAAGAAGUGGAAGUUCAACGGAGCUUCUUGGAUGCCUUCCUACUAGGCCAAGACCGUGAAGGAUGGACAAGGAAGGGAGCUCUCCCACCGGUUGAUCUGAUUCUGCGAAAAGGAAACGUGGGAUACAAUGAUCCCCAAGCCGAGAGAAAGUUUCAGAGGAGGAAGGAGAAUGAGUGGCCCAUUGCCAGGACGCAGUAUACGCCUCUCUUUCUCGACCCUGAUGAAGGCCUCUCGUGGACCAAGCCGACAGAUUCGAUGCGCAAGGUGGAGUACCAUGCCUUCGGAGACGGUGACGAUUGCCAUCCCUCUGUAUCCUUUACCUCAGCCCCAUUCGAGUCAGAAACAGAAAUCACCGGCCACAUUGUGGUGCGGCUCAGCGUUUCCAUGAGUCGCCGUCGCUGGCAGUCGACCACACCUUCUGACAUGGAUUUGUUCCUGUCUCUUCGUCACAUCGCAUCAUCUGGCGAGGAGGUAUUCUACACGGGGACUACGGGGGAGCCGGCUCCUGUUACAAAGGGCUCCCUGAGGGUGAGUUUGCGACGGACAAACCAUCAGCACCCUUGGCAUCGCCCUUGGCUGCCUCAUCGUGAUUAUCUCUCUACCGACGUCCUUCCAGUGAUCCCCAAUGAGGUGUACACGGUGGAUGUGGAACUAUGGCCGACAAACGUUGUGGUGCAGAGAGGUGAGCGCCUCGUUCUAGAUGUUGGUGCAUCUGAGCUGGCUGGGAGCGGUCUCUUCCAACAUGAUGAUCCAAGCGACAGGCCAGAAACUGUCUUUAAAGGCAACAACUAUGUGCACUUUGGAGCGAAUCAUGAUAACUGGAUCAGCCUGCCUGUCAUUCCCAAUAGCACCUGA